AGCACCCGGAAGUGUUUUUAAUAUGUCUUUUUAAUGUAAACACAACAUCAUUUUCCAGAAACGUGUGAUUUUAAAAUGUGUUUGAUACUGUUUUUAACUUAUAUAAAUUAAUUUUUCAACUUUUAUAUCGUAGCCUUCCUAAACAUUAAUUUCAUGUGAUUAUUGCAACUGUUGGGUAAUCUCAAUUUUCAUCAUGAAUAUUAGCAGUGUUCCUUUCAGCUCUCUUAGUGAUCAAAUAAGUGAAAAAACAUUAAAUGCUAUAGCUGAUAUGGGUUUUCAGCAUAUGACAAAUAUACAGACAGAGGCUCUUCCUGCAUUGUUAACAGGAAAAGAUGCUGUGGUAUGCUCUAAGACUGGCAGUGGUAAAACUCUAACUUUUCUUAUUACUGCUGUUGAACUUCUUCAUAAGUUGAAAUUUACUUUAAGAAAUGGACUUGGUGUAGUAAUUUUAUCACCGACUCGAGAGCUAUCCUUACAGACUUAUAAUGUAUUGAAACAACUUAUAAAGUAUCACUCUCAAAGUCAUGGUUUGAUUAUGGGCGGAGUCAAUAGGAAAGAAGAAGCUAAAAAACUAAGCAAUGGUGUAAAUAUCCUUGUAGCAACUCCUGGCAGAUUAGUGGAUCAUUUAAAAAAUACUCCAGAGUUUGUGUUCAAAAAUAAUCAGUGCUUGAUAAUUGAUGAAGCUGACAGAGUAUUAGAUAUUGGUUUUGAGGAAGAAGUUAAAUUUAUUAUUAAUAGCUUACCAAAAUAUAGACAGAAUCUUCUUAUAAGUGCCACAAUUACUGAUAAGACUGAAGGUUUAGCAAAUGCAUUCCUUAGAAAAACUGCACUGUACUUAGGCAUAAAUAAGAGUCCAGAAAAUGGAAAAAUACGCUCAAUGGCAACUGUUGAGACAUUAAGACAAGGUUAUGUUUUAUGUCCUUCAGAAAAAAGACUCCUAAUGUUACUAUGGUUUUUACGAAAAAAGUUUCGUACAAGAAAGACCAUUGUCUUCUUCAGUUCCGUUAUGUCUGUAAAAUAUCAUCAUGAUUUAUUCAACUAUAUUAAUUUAACAUGUAGCUGUAUUCAUGGUCAACAAAAGCAAGAAAUAAGAGCACGUAAUUUUAGCCAGUUUUGUAAAGCAGUUACUGGUGUUUUACUGUGUACUGAUAUUGUUGGUAGAGGUCUUGAUAUACCCAAAGUUGAUUGGAUUGUACAAUUUGAUCCUCCCAACAAUCCUAAAGAAUACAUUCAUCGUGUUGGAAGAACUGCUCGAGGAAUGAAUUUAGUGGGAAAUGCUCUUCUUAUGCUUCGCCCUGAAGAAAUGAAGUUUAUUGCUUAUUUGAAAAAAGAAAAGGUUGAAUUGGAAUAUUAUGAGUUUACUUGGAACAAAGUACCAGAUGAGGUCGAAGCUCAAAGAGAGAUUGAAGAACUGGUGACUAAGAAUUAUUAUUUAAAUGCUUUAGCCAAAGGAGCCUUCACAUCCUAUAUUCGUGCAUACAGAUCACAUUACAUGAAACAAGUAUUUAAGGAAGAGACCCUAGAUUUAACAGCUGUGGCUAAAUCAUUUGGUUAUCCUAAAAUUCCAUGUAAAAUCACAUAAUGAAUAUAUCUAUUGUAUAUUGUAAUCUGUUAUAUAACAACCAUCAUGUUUUUUUUAUGUAUUUAAUAUUUUCAUUGCUUAAAUUUUUGUUUAAAAAAAUUAAAACACUUUGCUACACUG